AUGAUGUUCUCAUUCCACGCACGCCGGCCGUCUCCACACGACGAGCCAUCCCGAGGCCCAAGACCAAAACGAGCCAAGAUCAGAAACGCCUGUGAGGUCUGCAAGAUCCGGAAGACGAAAUGCGAUGGUGUCAGGCCAAUCUGUGGUCCCUGCUCCAACCGGAAACGCGGUUCGCGUGCCACUCGAAUGGCCUGCAGCUAUCGUGAAUCUGAUACCGGGGAGCAAUCAGGAUAUACCACUGAGCAGUCCUCCCACGGCCGUGCACAAUCCGACCAUGCCGACCGGGCGAGCUCGUUCAGCACCAUCGUUCCCAGCGGGAGUCUCUUUGGCGCCUCCAGUGGAGUACAUAUGAUACCCGAUGUGGGAAAUGGGGCUGGUAUAACCACUCCGGACAACAAAACACCACGUAGAAGUCAAGCUUUCCCGAAUGCACUCAGGCAUCUCCCAAAAUUGCAGAACAGAAUCCCGCGGAAAGAGCAUUCUGAUUUCCAGUUCGUCAUCCCUCCCAGGAGGCAGGCGGACAACCUACUGGGUCUCUAUUGGGACUAUGUCGACAGUGCCUACCCGUGGUUGGACAGGCCAUCCAUCGAAAGUGCAUAUGAGACUCUAUGGAUCCAAGAUGGGGAAUUGGCAAUGAACGAAACGGUUUUGCAUUGUCUUCUGAAUCUCAUGUUCGCCACAUCAUGCGUAGCCACCCAGGGGGAACCCCCACUCGUCCGUUAUGAAUCUUCCGUCGUCUUCUUUGACCGUGCCCAGGCCUUGAUGUCCUAUGAACUACUUGACCUUUACAAUUUUGAGAUCAUCCAGAUCUUGCUCCUCACCGCGGUCUAUCUGCAACACGACAAAGAGCCCCAGAAAUGCUUUCGCAUCAUUGGGACGGCGAUUCACAUCGCUCAGGAACUGGGGCUGCACAUCCCGGAGACCACAGAGGCUAUGGAUAGUCCCAAGGAGCGAGACCUUGCGCGUCAGGUGUGGAAUGGGUGUGUUAUUAUGGACAGAAUCUGCUCCAUGACCUUCGGUUGUGCUCUCAAGGUCCCUCAAUCGGUGGCGAAAGAAGGGUUGAAUCUGCUGGUGCCCAACGCCGUAGAGCAGUCGUCUGACAGCGCGACCGCCACUCUGCCAUCGAAAGUCAACUUCUAUCGCUCAUUCUGUCGACUUCAUCACAUCAUCGGCGAUGUCAUAGACACUUUCUACGAAUCCGGUAAAAACAAACCUAACCACCCUGCAAGCAAGCUCCACCCGGAGACGCCGAGCGACUCAUCCUCACUCAUGUUUGACAAAUUCGCCAGCCUGUUUCGAAUCGAUUCCGCACUGAAUGAAUGGGCCCGCAGCCUGCAUCCUUUCUUCCAGAUGCCAUCGGAACUCCAAGACCCGACGCCCACGAAACAUAUUACGCGGGAAGCAAACAUCUUGCGUGCACGGUAUCUCUCCGUUCGACUGCUCCUGUUUAGACUCCUGCUUCUACAGAUCCACCAAGGGCGGACCGAGAACGCCCGCGGGACUGGUCUAUAUGCAGAUGAUGAUCAGAUUAUGCCGCAUGUAGUUCUCCAGUGUCAGAUCAAUUGCACCAAAGCCGCUGCCGACAUGAUCGAAUUCAUUAUCCGCAACUCGCCGGAGCAGAAGCAAGCGUACAUUCUACCCUCCAAUUGGUACACUGUCUCAUAUGUGUAUAUGGCCGUCACGAAUUUGCUCGCAGCCCAGACGUCGCCACAAAUAAUAGAAUACUUCGCGGCCGCGCGUCUACAAGGCCUCUUGCAGGAGGCUCGACGCAUUCUGAAGGAUUACGAAAAGCAUGCCACAUUGACUUCGCGAUGUAACUCGGUCCUCGCAUUAAUUGAGCAGAAUGUUGGUGGGCGCGAGCCGAUAGUCGACUACCCCCCUUCGGAGGCGGUGCAGGCUAGCAGCAACCCUCUCAACACAUCCGCCCCAGAUCUAGUCAUCGACACAAGAGGUACCUCAAGUGAUCUCUCGAAUAACUUGACCAUGAUGGACAAUUACUCCUUCGACUGGAACGAAUGGCCCAUGUUCCUUUCUCAACUGGACCAUGAUAUACCUACAGCCCAGGGCUGGGCAAUAUAG